AUGCCGGCCUCUUUCAAAGUCGAAGUCUUUUUGUCUGUCUUUGUGUCGUCUCCUGUCUCCACCGCAGUGGCAGCUCCGGAACCAGACCCAGACACCGUAAACGAGGCAGCGCACCACAAAAACCUAGCGGAAUCUUCAUUCACUUCCGGCGACCUGGCGUCAGCUCUUAAUCACGCGCGUAAAGCCCUCACCUUGUCUCCUGACACGGAAGGCGUAUCCUCCAUGGUCACCGCCUCCCCCGGAGAAGAUACUCAAGAGUGGUACAAGAUUCUAAAGGUAGAGCCUUUCUCUCACUUCAGUACCAUAAAGCAGCAGUAUAGGAAGCUAGCUCUGUUGCUGCGUCCUGAUAAGAAUCCGUACGUUGGGUGCGAGGAAGGGUUUAGGCUUGUGAGUGAGGCUUUUAAGGUUUUGGAAGAUAAGGUUAGGAGAAGUGAGUACGAUAAGAAGCUGAGGGUUAGGAUUCAGGGCGAGAUUGGUGCUUGUGAUGGUGGUGGUGACGAAACGUCGACGUUUUCGACCGUUUGCAAGGAGAAUUUUGAGGCAAAGGAAGAAGAUGGAGCUUGUGCUUCCAAGAUCAUAACUUAUAGUAGGAGGAGGAAGAGCGUUGGUGAAAGUCUGAGGAGAGUGGAGGAAGCAGAAGCUUUGAAUGCAUCUCAGAGUUUGGAUGAAGAGAUGAUGACUUUAGCAGAAAUGCAAUCAGUGCUCAAGAGAAAUAAACUGAAAAGUAAUAAGAAGAAGACUAACCACAAGGAGUUAAGUGAGGUAGUGGAUUUGGAGUACGUGCCACGCACUGAUAGGAAGAGGGAUCUUAGCAAGUGGAAUCAAGAAACCUACAUGGAAGACGAGGAUUUUGAUUUUGAUUUUGAUAAAGAGAGGAUGCCGAGGAGCUUCAAGAAAGGGCAGGUUUGGGCGAUAUACGAUGGCGGUGGUGAUGACAACUUGCCUCGGAGUUACUGUUUGGUAACUGAAGUCGUCUCUGUGAGCCCUUUCAAGGUGUGGAUAAGCUGGUUGGAUUACGAGAGCGAGAAACUCAUCUCUUGGAUGAUGAAGAACAGCUCUUGUGGGAGGUUCCGUGUUUCAGAAGAUAAAGCUUUGAUCGAGGAGCAUGUGAAACUCUUCUCUCAUCUUGUCAACUGCGAGAGGGUUGCGAUGCGUAUGGGUUGUUGUGUGGCGUAUUUGGAGAAGGUUAAUGAUGAGAGCUUGUUCAAGAGACGGGAUUACGGGUGUAAUUCGGUCAGGUGGAUUGACAAGGAAGAUGUUGCCGCCUUGCUCUCUCAUCAGAUUCCGGCUAAGAAGCUGCAGGAGGAUCGAUCUGGAGAUGGUCUUGUAAGAGAGUCUUGGGUGUUUGAUCUUGCUUCUGUUCCUCCUGCUUUGGUUUCUGCCACUUAG